GAGGGGAGAGAGAGAGAGAUAAAAAUACCCGAAAUGGAGAGCGAGACAGAGAUAAAAAUACCCGGAGUAGUGAGACAGACAGAAUGAAAAAUACCUGGAGUGGGGAGAGAGAUAAAAACACUUGGAGAGGAGUGUUAGAGAGAAAAACACCAGAAGAAGAGCGUGAAGAGGAGAAAUUACAGCACCUGGAGAGGAGAGAAAACGUGAAAUGAGAAAAAGCUCAGGGAGGAGAGAUAAAAGCAACCGAGACAGAGAGAAAAAAAAUGAGGAAUAUUCAAUGUGAGAGAUAAACCCCUGUAAGAGAAGAGGAAAAACAAAAAUGGCGGGAACGAGUGAAUUCGGACAAGAGUGAGAUAGAAAACAGAUGGAGGCCCAGAUGCAAGAAUUUAAGGCGUUAGCUGGAGAAAUGUCGAUUAUCCUCUCGGGCUCUCAUGGGGAAGUGCUGUUGCAGAAAGCCAUGAUGAAUAAAGCAAAAACUUUGAAUAGGUACCUGGAAUUUGAAAGAUCAGUGAAGCAACUGCUUACAGAAAUACAACAGACACGGGAGAAGGUGGCACUGAAAGUUAUAGAGAUUGGAGAAGAACAACAGAAAAGCUUUCUGGAGGUGCAGAAGAUUCAGGAACAGUGGAAAAAAAGUCAACAGCAGUACACUCAGAAAGAAGCAGAAUUAAAACUUUUACAGCAAGAUCUGGAGGAGCUUGAAAGGACUGAGAAAGAAAUAACCAAAAUAGAAGAAGAGGUAGCUGAAGACACAACAGUAAUUAUUCCUUCUACCAAGUACUUGGCUCACAUUUUCCAUAAAGUCACUAAGAUCAUUUGGGACUAUGACAGCGAUCCAUCUCUUGUGAAAGGUGUUCAUUUUGGGACAGAUAUAGCACAUCCCAUUAACAUAGACUCUACCAAGCACUCGGAGAGUUUCAUCUGUGAUUAUCUGUGGAACCUGUUGAGCACGGAUUGGUAAAUUGUUCUCUGAGCAAGUAUGGAGAACAGGUGAACUGUUCAUUUUGAAUUGGUGUUUUUGUACAUUUUUGAAGUAAUGGCUUCAAUCUAGAAAAAUGUAAUUUAGGAAGUCUUACUGGUAGACUCAUGAGUGUGCGGUGUUUGACAAAGUAUAGACUAAUCCCCUGAGUGACUUGCAUGUGGCAACAUGUGCAGUGAUUUUUGUAAUGAUAUUGCUGAAACUGGAAAUUCGUUCCUUUUGAGAACUUGCAGCAGAAACCUGUGUGCCACCACUCCAUAUCAUAGAAUACUGUAAAAUUAUAUUCCUUUUUUUUGCAAAAUGAGUCUAUGUUUAUGUGAACUUUUACAAAAACAUUUAAAUGAUUGGUCCAUUUGUUUUGUCUAGCAUUGAUUCAUGAGUCCAGUCUACUGCGCUCUUGAAUCUCAUUCUUGAUUUGUUUUGGAUAAAUAUUAUCUGUUCUUUAGUAAUAUUGUAGAUUAGUAAGUAUCAAGCAUAUGAAGCAUUAGUAAGCAUCAUAUUAGGUUUUACUCCUUUUAAAAACUGAUUGGCUGGCUUCCUGAAAAUUGUGUGCAGCAAAUUGAAAAAACUGGAUGCAGUACACUAGAAGUGUGCAUGUCUGAUUUCAGAACUGUGACAUGUAUAAGCAACCAUGGCUCAUAUUGAGGCUCUGCUACUUAUCUCUCAGCGUCUGAUAUUUGCAACUGUAUCCCCCUUUUCCUAAGCUGGUUUCUAUGCUUACCUCAGUUAUAUUUUUCAGUUCUAAUAAAGUGGUUUAUUCCCUUAA